AUGGCGUCAAUAUUCGAAUUACCGGAGGAGCUGGUGAUAUCUACCCUCACCAACCACUUCCCGUGUCGAGAGCCACAAAUCCGCGCCCUCACCACACUUUUAAGUCCCAAUUGCGCCCCGUGUAAGAACUUAGUGUUAUACGGAACAAAAGCGACCGGAAAGUCGGCCAUAGCGGAAUCCCUCCUCGAGAAACUCUCCAACACCAACCACGACGACUCGACGAUCCACUACGCCGUCGUGAAAUCUGCACGAUGCAUAACGGGACGGCACCUCUUCGAAACUACCGUAGACGCCGUGGCGCAGGCGAUAAACUGGCCAGAUACACCGAAGAGAUGCGAAAAUCUUUCGCAGCUCGUCAUUGAGCUGUCGAAGAUGCUCAAGGACCCUCCCCGAGAGGAGAGAUGGCGUUUCGCGCUCGUGUUCGACGGCAUUGAUGACCAGAGGGAGGCACCGCCUACACUACUGCCUGCUCUGGCCAGAUUGAGCGAGAUAAUACCAUGUCUAACAUGCGUUUUCAUCGUCACCUCCCCCCCACCUGCCUACCUCCGCACGGUCAUCGGAUCUUUCCUCGAGUUCCCCAACUACAAAAAACAUGAAUUCGUAAAAAUCCUCUCCCUCGAAACCCCUCCCCCGAUCCCCAACGCAACCGCCCAAGAAACCACUGAACUCUGGCGCCGCCUCUGCGGAGCCGUCCAUGACUCCCUCACGAAAGCUGCCUCCCGCACCCUCCCUUCCUUCCGACACAGCUGCCACGCUCUGUGGCCGCGAUUCAUCGCCCCGGUACAAGCGGGGACGCACUCACCCAAGGAGUUCUCCAAGCUCCUCAUCGCCUCGCGCGUUCAUUUCCAGGACGAAUCCCUGCUCAAUCCGAGCAUCGUAUCUAGCAUCGCCUCUAAGUCGGCGCCUCCUUCUCUACCGCUAUCCAAAGAAAGAGACUCUUCUACGGACCUAGCUACCUUACUACCCACCGUCGCCCGUCUGCUUCUCCUCGCCGCCUACCUCGCAUCUCAUAACCCGGCCCGCCACGACAUAACUGUGUUCUCGACCCACAACUACGGAAAACGCCGGCGUAGAGGUGGUGUCGCAUCCACCGGCCCCCGCUCGGCCGGCGCAGGACGCGGAAGACACCGCAAGAUUGCGCGGAAGCUCCUCGGCGCGCACUCGUUCGUCGUAGAGCGCAUGAUGGCCAUCUUCGUGGCUCUAAGCUCCGAGUGGGCCGCUAGCGAGGGCGGCGCUGUUGGGGCCGAUGGGACUUCUGCAUUGCCUAUUGACGCGGACGUGGGCGUUGCACUUGCAACCUUGGCGAGUUUGAGGUUGCUUAUUAGGGUUGGUAUUGGGGGGGAUAUGAUGGAUAGGGGGGCGAGGUGGAGGAUUAACGUUUCGUGGGAAGCUGUGAGGGCCUUGGGGAGGAGUGUGGGUAUUGAGGUGGAGGAUUGGCUUGUGGAAUAG